AAGUGAGGGCAUGGUAUCAGCGCUUUGGUCUGUGGUGCUGUCUCUGAUUCUUGGGACUUGCAUCCCUUCCCUCAGGGAGAAGCUGGAAUUGAUCUCAGGAAGCACCAAGCUGGGAAUCUUAAGGGUAUCUCCUUGUCUGCUGUAAGGAAGACUUGUAAGCUUUCAGACCAAGAGUGGCCUCUUCACGCAGUUCUCAACCUAUGAACGGAAGUUGCUCAAGAGCAAGUAGAUCCUUUGGGCCUGAAUGGACGUGGAAGGCCCUGCCGGGACAGCAGCAAAAAACGGCCUGGAUGCCACCCAGGCUGGCAUCAGCAGGGAAUUCUGGGAAGGGAAAAUGGAGAUGGUCCUGCAUGAAGACAACAGCAGCUCGGAGGAGCCAUGCAGGCGCUUUAGGCAGUUCUGCUACUGGGAGGCCGACGGACCCCGAGAAGUCUGCAGCCGACUCCACGACCUUUGCUGCCGGUGGCUGGACCCAGAGAACCACACGAAGGCUCGGAUCCUGGACCUGGUGAUCCUGGAGCAGUUCCUGGCCAUCCUGCCCCCGGAGAUGGAGAGCUGGGUCAGGGAGUGUGGUCCGGAGACCAGUUCUCAGGCGGUGGCCCUGGCGGAAGGCUUCCUCCUGGGCAAGGUGGAGUGCAAGAAGGAGGAAGUGGAGCUGGUGGAGGGGUGGCCAGCAGUGGCCGGCAGCUUCCCCGAGACAGAGAAUCCCACGCUGGAUCCCUCGCAGAGACCGCUGUUCAGGUGGAUCGUCCUGGAGGGCGACGGAGGAGCUGUCUCGCUGGAUGAUGGGAGGGAGAAUGAGGAAGAAGGUGAACAGCAGAGGAGAGAAACUGAAAUGAAACAGACAUGGGGGAAUAGAUCCAUUGCUCCUGAAGGGACUUGCUUCCGUGAAAUCCCAAUGCUACAAGAAUGUCACCCAGGAAACAAAAGGAAUCAGAUUUCUCUAUAUGGAAGGAUUGUAACUGGUAAAUCAAGCAAACGUCAAAGGAUUCACACUGGAGAGAAGCCAUAUCAAUGCUCAGAGUGUGGAAAGAGCUUCAGGUGGAGUUCAGAGCUUUGCUCACACGAGAGAAUUCACACAGGGGAAAAACCCUAUACAUGCUCUGAAUGCGGCAAGAGCUUUAGUGAGAAUAAAAACCUCAGAGUGCAUUACAAAAUCCACACAGGGGACAGGCCUCAUAAAUGCUCUGAGUGUGGAAAGAGUUUCAGUCGCAGCACAAACCUUAGAAGACAUAAAAGAAUCCACACAGGGGAGAGACCAUAUCAAUGCUCAGAGUGUGGGAAGAACUUCAAGUACAAUUCAGAGCUUUGCUCUCAUCAAAGAAUUCAUAGUGGAAAUGCCUUAUAAUGCAACCAGUCACAGUACAACCCUUACAAGCCAUCAGAGUUUACAUGGGGAAAAAGAAACAAAGACUUAUUCAGAAUUUGGAAAGAGGUUCAGGACAGAUAAAAGCCUGAGGUUACAUUGAACAAUCCAUACGCAGGACAAUCUGUUCAACUGCUCAGGUAGGGAAAAAGCUUCCUAAGAACAGAGGAACAGCUCUGAAGCUGGAUCAGGGCAAAGGCAUGUCGAGUCCAACGUCCUAUUCUCAUAAUACUAGAACUCGUGGACAUUCAAAGAAGCUGAAUGUUGGAAGAUUCAGAACAGACAAAAGGAAGUACUUCUUUACUCAGCGCAUAGUUAAACUAUGGAAUUUGCUCCCACAAGAUGCUUGAAUGGCCACCAGCUUGGAUGGCUUUAAAAGAAGAUUAGACAAAUUCAUGGAGGACAGGGCUAUCAAUGGCUACUAGCUGUGAUGGCUGUGCUGUGCCACCCUAGUCAGAGGCAGCAUGCUUCUGAAAAACAGUUGCCGGAAGCCUCAGGAGGGGAGAGUGUUCUUGCACUCGGGUCCUGCUUGCGGGCUUCCCCCAGGCACCUGGUAGGCCACUGUGAGAACAGGAUGCUGGACUCGAUGGGCCACUGGCCUGAUUCAGCAGGCUCUUCUUAUGUUCUUAUGUUCUUAACCAACCAUAUGCCUAUAGGAAGCCUGUAAGCAGGAUCUAAGUGCAACUAUCCUGACUAGUGAGUUCCAGCAACUGGCAUUUUACUUCUAUCGUGCCGACUCUUAACUCACAUUUCCCUUAAACUAAAAAGCUUAAAAUGUUGUAACCAUUACACAAAGGGAAGUUGCUCCAGCCCCUUCAUCAUUUUCGUUGCGCUUUUCCACCUGCCCUAAUGUUUCUGAGGUGAGGCGACUAGAAUUUAUUUCAAAUGCAGUUGCACCAUAGAGUUGUAUAACAGCGGUAUGAUAAUCGGUUUUCUUUUCAAUCCCCUAACCAUCCCUAACAUGGAAUUUGCCUUUUUUUACACACACUGGGUUGAAAUUUCAUUGAGCCGUCCUUUCAGACUCCUAAGGUCUCAUUCUGGAUUAGUUGCUACCAGUUCAAACCCUGUUAGUGUAUAUGUAAAAUUGAGAUUUUUUUUGGCAUCACUUCUCACUUGUUUAUAUUGAAUUGCAUUUGCUGUUUUUGUGCCCAUUCACCAAGUUCGGAGAAAUUAUUUUGGAGCUCCUCACUAAAAACACUUUUUGUUUUAACCACCUUGAACAAUUUUGUAUCUUGUACAAUUUUGUCCUGUCCCACUAACUCUCAUAGGUUAGUGAGAUAGGACAUACCCUUGCAGAAGCCAUGCUGGUUCUGCUUUAGCAAGGCUUGUUCUUUAUCAGGAGUGAGGAACCUUUAGCCUUCCAGAUGUUGCUGGACUACAGCUCCUAUCAGCUUCAGCCAUUACAACCAAUGGUCAGGGAUGAUGGGUGAGUAGUCCAGCAACAUCUGGAGUGACACAGGUUCAACAGCUCUGUUCUACUCUGUGUCUGACUUUAAUGCUUUCCAUCAAUUUCCACAGAACAGACGUUAAGCUAACUGACCUAUAAUUUCCCAGAUCCUUCAUCUGCAAAUCUCUUUUUAUAAAUUGGUUUUACAUUGGCCACUUUUCAGUCAAGCAUGGAAGCUGAUCUUAGGGACAAAAGUUCAGUAGGUUUGGUAACUGUUCUUACACAACAUCAAAUAAUGCAUACAGAACAGGAAGGAAAUGCCGAGGUUGUGGAAAGAGCUUUAUCCAGAGCAGGCAUUUUUGCUUGUAUCCAGAAUAUUGCCAGAUUUUGGGGUGGUGGUGGUGGAGGAAAGCUUUUCAUUACUUUUUGCAUCUAUAGAUUCCCCCCCCCGAUACAUAGACCUGUAGUUAUAUGAAAAAAAUUAAAGUUUAAAAAAAGGUUAUUUUGAAAUCACUUAACUUUGCUUACUGGGUUUGCUGAGAAGAUUGCUGGGUUUCCUUCCUAAAAAAUAAAUAAAUCACAAAUUUGGUGCCCAAUUUCCUGGCUCCUCCCCCUGUUUUUGUGCAUGUGUUUUGUUUUGGUUUUGAUGAGUUAGAGGAAGGGAGAGAGAAGUGACCAGAGGGGGUGGUGCCCAUGGCACUUCCUCAAAAAUCCAAGGGUCCUUCAGGGUUAAAAAUGGUUGGCGACCCCUGAAUUAACCUGAGCCUUGAAAAGUACAUAGAGGUGAAAAAGGAAAUGGGAAAGACUGUCACUCUUCCAACUUCCUCCUUUACAUCCUUGCACUUUUUAAGGGAGAAAAAGGUAACCACCCUCACCACCAAAUGACAAAGGGGGCUCAGAAGGGCACUCAUGUGCCCUGCAUUGGUAAACCCUGUUUUUACCACAGUAAAAACAAGUGCCUUGUGUUCUGUGCUAUUCCAGAUGUUGCAUUGCUGCCCUCAAAGAGGCAGGAAAUGCAAAUGGAUAAAGAGGCCCAGUCACUUACAGCUGAAAAAGCAGCUACAAGUGACAGCUCGCUAGGAUUUUUAUUUAUUUAUUGAACAGAAUGUAUAUACUACUUGAAGGUAAAGGUGUCCCCGCACUUGUAGUGCGAGUCGUUUCCAACUCUUAGGGUGAUGUCUUGUGACGUUUACUAGGUAGACCGUAUAUAUGGGGUGGGAUUGCCGGUUCCUUCCCUGGCCUUUCUUUACCCCCCAGCGUAUGCCAGGCACUCAUUUUACCGACCACGGAUGGAUGGAAGACUGAGUGGACUUCGACCCCUUUUACCAGAGAUUCGACUUCCUCUUUCCGUUGGAAUCGAACUCCGGCCGUGAGCAGAGCUUUGGCCGCGUUACCACCGCUUACCACUCUGAACAAAAGACCUCCAAAAGAUAAUCUAAAAGAGUCAUUAAAAAUACUGAUUAAAGCAAACAUUUAAAACAAGUUGCAUGCAGAUUUUAAAAUAUAAAAUCAGUAAUUUAAAAAA